UCCGUUCAACAGAUUCACAUCAUCAGCAGCGUUGGAGAUCCACCGGUCCGACAACGCAUGGAUCCCCAGUGAGAAGAGCGGGCACUCCGGCCUGGGGGGUGUGCAAGGUCUGAUGGCGCUGUGCUCUGAGGCCUGUGUCUCUGGCUCAGGAGGAGAAUCCUCCGGGAGUGAGGCGGGUUCUAGCUGUCUUCAGUUUGGGGUUCGUUCCUAUCUGCACCACUUCUAUGAGGAGUGCUCGUCCUCCAUGUGGGAGAGAGACCCGGAGGAUCCGGGGUUCGCCCAGAGCAAGAGGUCAACCCUGUGGUGGAACUCAGCAGUCUGGAAGGUGUCCUUGGCCCUGGGUCUCCUGAUCCUGACUGCAGGUAUUGCCAGCCUGUCAGUCGGUUACUCUACUCCCCAUAAAAUCGAGUCGUUCGGAGAGGGGGAACUGUUCUUCCUGGACAGCCGGGCUGUCAGGUUUAACAGGGGGCUGCACCUCAGCACCGCAGCCGGGAUCGGGCUCUGCUGUUUCGGCUCAGCCCUGGCGGCGAUGGGGGUUGUCUUUUGGAUCCUUCCCAGGGCCAACUUGAAAGAGAGGCUGUUCCAUAGACUGGGGGAAGGGGAAUGGAGAGAAGAGUCAGGGUCAAAGUGGAAGGGAUUUAGGGAUCCCAGGGAUGUGGUCACUAAUCCGCCAGGUAUAGCGGGGAAGAAACCCGUCACACUGUCGAAAGUGGAAAUUGUGCAGUCCACUUCUUAGAAAAUAUCCCUGCUGAGCUACAUUGUGUACAGGCUUUUGUUGUAGUCCUGGGUCCUCAUUUACCUGGUUUUUGUCUUGUUUUUGAAGGAGCCAAGUGUCAUUUUAACAUGCAGAUUGUUCAAAUGGAGGUUGUUUUGUGAUAUUGUAGUUAGACACGCCAGGAUUUAAAAGGGUAAAACUAAUUUAUUCCCAUUGAAUCGCUGUGAUCAUCAAAUAAUCUGUGCAAAUGUUUCAUGUAGAGUUCAACUUUGACACAAUAAUUUGCGCUGUCUUGACAACACCUACCUCUAAAGGGACGGAGAGCCUGAGAGACAAAAAUAGAGCAAGUUAUCAUAGCUUAUUAGCUCUAUUGCACUAUCCACUUUUAUUUAACCGUCCUGUUAGCAGAUAAACUGCUCCACAAAAGAGGAAUGGUGCAGACAGUUAUGAGAGGAGUCACCGGUAUUAAUAUGUAAUUC